AUGCUGCACCUCAGCCUCACCCCACUGCUCGUGCUGGUGCUGGGGGUCAGCCUGGGGGCUGCCUUUCCCCAUGACACCCUGAGUAAGGACUGCAGGCUGUCCAAGUACCAGAACAUUGCACAGGAGGAGCAGCAGGCUGUGGACAAGAUGAGACAAGAGUUUGUGAACAACCACAAAUGCAACACCAGGCUCUUCCACCGGAAAUGGAAUGCAGUAGACCUGCCGAUGUCCGACCGAGUGCUGCUGGUGGCGGCCGAGCUGAACCUCACCACUGCCAUGCUGGAGCUCCCCGCUGCCCCCGGCUUUGCCGAGGUGCGCCGGAGGCCCCUGGACUUCUUCAGGCACGCCCGGGAGGACGUGCGGGGCUGCGUGAGUGUGGAUCCUUCGCACCAGCCCUCGGGCAGGCUGAGGCACUGGCUGCACAAGCUGCAGGCGGCCAUGCGAGCAGAGACCCCCGGGAGCAGGGCGUGCCUCCGGGCCACGGCCAUCCUGCACGUUCUGCAAGUGCUGGACAACCUGCGCUGCGCUGCCCUCCAGGACAAGUGCUGAAGGGCUGAAGGGCUGAAGUGCCCUCAGGCCCCAGCCCGCGGCACCGCCCUCAGGGACGGCCCCAGAACCGGGAAAAAACCACUGCGCUGCGCUGUUACUGCCUAUUUAACCUAUUUAACCCCUCUUCUCACUUACGCGAGCUGAGGAAACAAUUUUCCUUUUCUUUUUCUUUCUUUUAUUUUUUUUUUACGGUCUUUUAAAUUAUUGGCUCGGGAUAAGGCGAAGGAACGCCCUUCCCGAAAAAAAUGCGAAUAUUUAUAAGGUACCUUUGUUUUUCUGGUUCUCAAAGUGUUUUUAAGGAAAUCUAUUUUUUUACCUGCUAUUUA